AUUUAACCCUUGUGUAUAAAAUCCCACUUCAAGACACUGCCGGCCUGAAACUUAGAGCCACUUUACAUUCUUUUCUUGAUCUCGAUAUCUGGAAUAUGCCUUUAAAAAAAAUUUCUUUAUUAGAAAGCUAGAGUUACAGAGAGGCAGAGACAGAGAGAGAGGUCUUCCAUCCACUGGUUCACUCCCCAGAUGGCUGUAACGACCAGAGUUGGCCUGAUCCGAAGCCAGGAGCCAGAAACUUCCUCUGGGUCUGCUACAUUUGUGCAGGGGCCCAAGGACUGGGCCAUCUUCCACUGCUUUCCCAGGUGCAUUGGCAGGGAGCUGGAUCAGAAAUGGAGCAGCUGGGACUUGAACCGGUGCCCACAUGGGAUGCUGUGUUACAGGCGAUGACUUAGCCCCUGAGCCACAGUGCCGCCCCGGUGUGUGCUUCAGCAGUUGCGGCGCGUCUCUGACCUGGCCCUGUUUCACGUGCUCAGUAGCCGCAUGUGGCCUGUGGCCUUCCUGGUGAGGAGCCCAAGCCCGUAUGGCGUGCGUGCGUGUCCCACGUGCAGACUUGUUCCCUUGCUGCGUGGAUUUGUGUGCCCGCGUAGCUGGUGGGUGUGCGGAUUAGUGCGUCCCUAGUUUCGGUAAGUGCUUAGGACCGCUCGAUGGCCUUUUGAAGGAAGUGGCACCAAGUGCAGCGGCCAGAGCCCCUCGAUGAGUGUCUGUGGAGGGGCACGCACGGCCGGGACGGUCGGGCGCCUGGUGCCGUCCCCGUCCUUGCUGGGGGCUCUGGGCCCUGUCCCGCUUCCCCAAGGCCUGGCAGUGGGCCCAGGGACGCGCCUCCGGGCCGGCGUCCUGAUCGCCGAAGCGCGGCCGUUGCCGGGACUGCGCUGCUGACGGGCGGUGGCUGUCUUGUCCCCGCAGUGCUGCGCCAUGCCGAUCGUGGAGAAGCUGAAGGAAGCCCUGAAGCCCGGGCGCAGGGACGCGGCCGACGAUGGGGACCUGGGGAAGCUCCUGGCGUCCUCCGCCAAGAGGGUCCUCUUGCAGAGGAUCGAGUUCGAGCCCGCCCGCAGGAGCCUCUCCUUCCAGCUGGACACCUUGAAGAGCAGAUACGUGCUGCUGAGCCCCAGGACAGAGGGGGCCGGCCGCCCCCGGAGUGCCGAGGCGCCCCAGGCCAGGAGACCCGGCAGCGAGAAUGCAUUGGAGGGGGGCAGUGACGGGGUCCCAGCCCCCCAGAAAGUGCUCUUCCCCACGGAGCGGUUGUCCCUGAGCUGGGAGCGCGUCUUCCGCGUGGGUGCGGGGCUGCACAACCUGGGCAACACCUGCUUCCUGAACUCCACGGUGCAGUGCUUGACCUACACGCCGCCGCUGGCCAACUACCUGCUCUCCCAGGAGCACGCACGCAACUGCCACCAGGGGGGCUUCUGUAUGCUGUGCGUCAUGCAGAACCACAUCAUCCAGGCCUUCGCCAACAGCGGCAACGCCAUCAAGCCCGUGUCCUUCAUCCGAGAUCUGAGAAAGAUUGCUCGGCACUUCCGCUUUGGGAACCAAGAGGAUGCGCACGAGUUUCUCCGGUACACCAUCGACGCCAUGCAGAAGGCCUGCUUGAACGGCUGUGCCAAGUUGGAUCGUCAGACGCAGGCCACCACCUUGGUCCAUCAGAUUUUUGGCGGGUACCUCAGAUCACGAGUGAAGUGCUCGCUGUGCAAGAGCGUCUCGGACACGUACGACCCCUACCUGGACAUAGCGCUGGAGAUUCGGCAAGCGGCAAACAUUGUGCGCGCCCUGGAGCUUUUUGUGAAACCAGACGUCCUGAGCGGAGAGAAUGCCUACCUGUGCGCCAAGUGCAAGAAGAAGGUUCCAGCCAGCAAGCGCUUCAGCAUCCACAGGACGUCCAACGUGCUGACCCUCUCGCUCAAGCGUUUCGCCAACUUCAGUGGCGGGAAGAUCACCAAGGAUGUUGGCUAUCCGGAAUUCCUGAAUAUCCGUCCCUACAUGUCCCAGAGCAGUGGCGAGCCUGUCACCUACGGGCUCUAUGCCGUCCUGGUACACUCAGGCUACAGCUGCCACGCCGGGCACUAUUACUGCUACGUGAAGGCAAGCAAUGGACAGUGGUACCAGAUGAACGACUCCCUGGUCCACUCCAGCAACGUCAAGGUGGUCCUGAACCAGCAGGCCUACGUGCUCUUCUACUUGCGAAUUCCCGGCUCCAAGAAGAGUCCCCAGGGCCCCAUCUCCAGAGCAGCCUCCUUUCCUGGCCGCCCAAGUGUGACCCCAGAUCCUUCCAGAAAGAACUUUAGCCACAGUACUGCGGCCUCCCCGCUGCCCGGAAAG